UCGCAGUGCUGCCAACCUGCGCACAUGUUUUGUGGUAUUUUUUAGUGCGAUAUCAUAGACAGCAAAACUGAGUUUUGUUUCUUGUUUUUAUUAACCAAAAAAAGUGUUGUUUGAAUAAAAUGGCCACCGAAGAGGAGCAGCUCAGCCAGGUAAUUUUGCCGGUGAAGGAGCCGCUGGAUCUAAUUCGCCUGAGCCUAGAUGAAAAGGUGUACGUGAAAAUGCGCAACGAGCGGGAGCUGCGGGGGCGUCUACAUGCGUUCGAUCAGCAUCUGAAUAUGGUGCUGGGCGAUGCAGAGGAGACCGUCACCACCGUGGAGAUCGACGAAGAAACAUACGAGGAGGUUUACAAAACCACAAAACGCACCAUUCCCAUGCUGUUUGUGCGAGGCGAUGGCGUUAUCCUGGUAUCGCCACCCAUGAGGGUAGGCUAGCGAGUCCUAUUCUAUUCUGUUAAUUAAGAUCACCUGCAUUUUAUACGAAUUGUAUUUAAUAAUAAAAAUCACUUGAUAUUGUGCGUUGACUGAGGUUUCCCUGAAA